AUGUUUAUGAAGGCAUUUCUAGAUAGGUUCUUUCCUCGGGAGUUGAGGAAAGCUAAGGUGGAAGAAUUCAUCAACCUAAAGCAAGCUAUUAUGAGUGUUAAAGAGUAUUCCUUGAAAUUAACUCUAUUGUCUAAGUAUGCUCCAUCUAUUGUAGCAAGUCCGAGGGAUAUGAUGAGUAGGUAUUUGGCGGGUGUGUCCAAAGUGGUAGCAAAUGAAAAUCGUACGGCAAUACUCCGUGAUGAUAUGGAUAUCUUAUGUCUUAUGGUGUAUGCUCAACAAAUGGAAGAAGAUAAACUUGAAGAGGAAAAAUCUAGAGAGAAAAAGAGGUCUAGGGUGGAUAAUGAUAAGUCCUUUCAUGAUGGGUCCGAUGGACAUGGUCGCUCUAGGAAUCGACAAAAGUGUGGUAAGAGGCAUGAGGGUGGGUGUUUGGCCGAUAGAGAGGGUUGCUUUAGUUGUGGUGAGAGUGGCCACAAGAUGAAAGAUUGUCCAAAGGCAAAGGCUACAAGAAGAGAUGGUAAGCAAGUUGUGUCUAUUGGUAUAGAUCCGGAGACUCAAAAGCAGAAUAGGUUUUAUGAUCUUCAAUCUAGAGAAGAUCAAGAGUGA